GUAUUACUACAGUCAGUCCAGCUUCUGCUCUUUGCUUGUUCCCAUCUCUCUCUAUAUAUAUUAUAAUAAUCCCAUCAUUUAUUAUUGGGAGUAAUAAUAAAUAGUGUUUGGUCAUAGUCCGGCACCACACUGCACACUAGAGCUGAGUAGAGUUGGUGGUGCAGAAAGAUCAAAGAUGGGAGUGGAUCCGAGACAGGUUUUGGCUGGAGUUCUUACUAUCACUAUGUUCGUUAUGCUCGGCGACAUGAUCAAGCGCGACCACUUUGAUUCCCAGCUUCCUGUGGAUUCUGACACAUCAAUUCAUAGUACCAGAAAGCAAAGCCUGGUUAUCGAUGGAGAUGGGCCUUCUCUAAAACCUUGUAGGCCUAUAUCACUUAUUGAGGAAGCUGACGAAUCACAAGGAUUUGUUACCUUCUCGCUCACUAAUGGUCCUGAAUAUCACGUCUCUCAGAUUGCUGAUGCAGUGGUAAUAGCAAGAUAUCUGCGAGCAAAUCUUGUACUCCCAGACAUCAGGGGAAGUGAACCUGGUGAUAAAAGGAACUUUGAAGAGGUCUACGAUGUUGAGCACUUUGUGAAAAGCCUAAAUGGAGUGGUAAAAGUAACAAAAUCCCAGCCAUCCAAAAGGAACCUAGCAGUUGUGAAGGUUCCUAGUAGGGUUACUGAAGAAUACAUUGCUGAUAACAUUGAGCCGAUUUUCAGAUCAAAGGGGAGCAUAAGACUAGCCACUUAUUUUCCUUCAGUAAACAUGAAAAAAUUGAAAGACAAUAGCAACAUUGAUGCAAUUGCAUGUUUGGGAAUGUUUGGAACUUUAGAGCUUCAGCCUCAAGUUAAUGGAGUAGUUGAAUCUAUGGUGGAGCGCUUAAGAACUUUGAGUAGGAAGUCAAAUGGACAGUUUAUUGCCGUGGAUCUAAGGGUUGAUAUAUUGGAGAAAAAGAGCUGUCAAGGGAACAGUGGUUCUAGAUCAAAGAGUUGCUUUGGUCCACAGGAAAUAGCUAUGUUUUUGAGAAAACUUGGUUUCAACAAAGAUACAACUAUAUAUCUGACUCAAUCAAGAUGGGAUAGCAGCCUUGAUGCAUUAAAGGAUCUCUUUCCUAGAACAUACACCAAGGAAAGCAUAAUGCCCAUAGACAAAAAAGCAAGAUUUCUUGACACAGAGAAUUCAGAACUGGAGAAAGUUAUAGACUUUCACAUGUGUUCUCAGAGUGAUGUAUUUGUACCAGCCAUCUCAGGGCUCUUUUAUGCCAAUGUGGCCGGCAAGAGAAUCGCCUCUGGGAAGACUCAGAUACUUGUUCCUGCUGAUAUUUCUGGUUCCUCUGCUUCUUUAACAGACUACAUAUCUCAUUACGUCUCAAAAAGGAACCACUUUGCGUACUCAUGCUUCUGCUAGCUCGUUGUGAAGAAUGGUCAAUGACCCUUAUGAUACUACUAUUAAGAUGGGCUCUCUUGUCCUGCUGUUCUUUCGAGUUUUGUUUACAGAAGACACAGGUUUGCUUCUAAAAUUUGUAGUGAUCAAUAUUUAGAUAGAUCUUUUUGGGGUUCAUUUGUAGAGGUCUUGGUGGAAGAGAUCAAGCACCUCCCUUUCACCCUCAACCAAAUUGUGUUUAAGUUUAUCAUUUGUUGGACAUAUGCUAUUUUCAUACGAGUAUAGUGAUUUUGAAUGGAAAAUCUUGGGCAUUUCGAGUUUCAUUA